CGGUUGGAUUGCUCAGUCAUUUCGUCUCGGAGGGUACAAGUAUAAACACAUCGGGGGGUUGCCGUGUCGCUUGCAGUAUAUCCUGAUUUAGCGCGAUCGCUGCUAUAAUGGGGCUUCGCGAUUUAAUAUUGCUCGCCUCCCUGGUGGCUGCGUGUUCGUCGCUGAUCAGAAUCCCUCUGAAGAAAUUCCCUUCCAUGCGUAGCAUCUACAAUGAGUAUGGGACCAAUAUCCAAGACUUGAAUGAGUUGGGACAAAUGCUGAAGUAUAAAUUUGGGGGUCCUGGUGCAGAAAUCCCUACCCCAGAGGCUCUGAAGAAUUACAUGGAUGCACAGUAUUAUGGGGAGAUAGGCAUUGGGACUCCACCACAGAAGUUUACAGUAGUCUUUGACACUGGGUCAUCAAACCUCUGGGUGCCAUCUGUUCACUGUCACCUGCUGGAUAUUGCCUGCUUGUUGCAUUGUAAAUAUGAUUCUUCAAAAUCCAGCACAUAUGUCAAAAAUGGUACAGAUUUUGCCAUCCAUUAUGGUACUGGAAGCCUUUCAGGAUAUCUGAGCCAAGAUACUGUAACGAUUGGUGACCUGUGUGUCAAGAAUCAGCUGUUUGGUGAAGCUACCAGGCAGCCUGGCAUCACUUUUAUUGCUGCGAAGUUUGAUGGCAUUCUCGGCAUGGCAUUCCCCAAGAUAUCUGUGGAUAAAGUAGUACCUUUCUUUGAUAAUGUAAUGGAACAGGGAUUGUUGGAGAAGAACCUAUUUUCCUUUUAUCUAAACAGGGAUCCAAAAGCACAAACUGGAGGGGAAUUGCUUUUUGGUGGAACAGAUCCCCAGUAUUAUACUGGAGACUUCAGUUGGGUGAACGUAACUCGUAAAGCUUAUUGGCAGGUCCACAUGGAUAAGGUUGAUGUUAGCAAUGGCCUGACUGUGUGCCAGGAUGGCUGUGAAGCUAUUGUAGACACAGGAACCUCACUUAUUACAGGGCCUGCUAAGGAAAUUAAAGAGUUGCAGAAAGCCAUUGGAGCUAAGCCAAUCAUUAAAGGACAGUACAUGCUCCAAUGUGAUAAGCUGUCUACGCUUCCCACUGUGUCUCUAGUGCUGGGAGGGCGGUCUUAUGAUCUUACUCCAGAUCAGUAUGCCUUAAAAGUUACUGUUCAAGGAGAAACUCUUUGUCUGAGUGGAUUUUCAGGCUUGGAUGUCCCACCACCUGGUGGGCCUCUUUGGAUUCUUGGUGAUGUUUUCAUUGGGCCAUAUUACACAGUAUUUGAUCGAGAUAAUGACUCUGUUGGUUUUGCAAAGUGUAGCAACAAAGUGUAAAAGCAAUUAAUCACUGUCUUCCACAGUUUCAAUACAAAUGCACUCCCAAGUACAUCGUGCUUUUAUAUUGUGACUGAUUGUAUUCAGAACAAAAUCAAGAAAGUAAAAAUGAGAGGAAAUGUAAAUUUUAAUUUUUAAAAGAGAAAAGUCACUACUGAUCGUCCAAAACUUACUUGCCGCCAUUCUGAUAACAUACCAUAUAAAGGCUCUAAUAAAAUUCUGAAUUCUGGGGAGUCCUAGUGUUAUGUGUACCCUUCAGAUUUCUGGUUCUUUGAAGCAUGAUCCUUUCAUACGUUUUUGAGCAUAAGUUGUUUUGUGUAACCAACUUUCUGUUUAAUGCCCACCCUUCCCAAAAUUAUAUAUGCUUUUGGAUACAGUUUCUUAGCUAUUCUCCCAUCAUAUAUGUAUAUAUGCAUAUAUAUACUAUAUAUGUAUGUAUAUUGCAGUUGAUCAUUGAAAAGUUCUUAACAGUUGAGAAGUCACCACUAAAAUUGCAUUUGAUCCUCUAUUUGCACUGUUGGAUAUAAAAUAUAUAUACUGGCUGUAUCUCUGUCAUCUUGGAAGUGUGGAAUGUGACAGAGGGUUCUGACUUAAUACAUUUUAUAAAACAUGGUUAUAGUUAGUAGAGAAUACUUGGGAAAUAGCCAUUGUAAUGGGGAAGGUAAAGGUAUCCUUACGUGAAAUGGCCAUUUAGCUGAACAUUCCCCUACUCAGGUAGUAUGUCUUGUUUGUGAAUAUUUUGCUCUUCAGUUUUCCAAACUUUUUGUACUUCCUAAUUUCUUUCUGAGGUAUGAGAACAGACACUGUGAUGUGACAUUUCCCAAAAAGUACUUCACGUAAGGAUUUAUGAGACAUUUUGGCUCAGGUUAGUUUUGAAGAAGUUUGUAAUCUGUCUUUCUUAUUAAUAUGACACCACAAGUUUUAUUUAAGAAAGGUCAAACCGACCAUUGCAUUCUGUUGUGAAGAAGAAAAAUAUUGUAAGCAACUCCGCAAAACACAUUCAACUCUGAGGAAUGUA